UCCAGGUGGGAAUUCCAGGAGAUGUUCCAGGUGGGAAUUCCCGGAGUUCCGGGCCGGGAUCCCCGGUGGGAAUGUGGGAGAUGAUCCAGGUGGGAAUUCUGGGCGGGAAUCCCCGGUGGGAAUGUGGGAGAUGAGGUGUUCCAGGUGGGAAUUCCCGGAAUUCCGGGCCGGAACCCCCGGUGGGAAUGUGGGAGAUGAUCCAGGUGGGAAUUCCAGGAAUUUGGGGUGGGAAUCCCUGGUGGGAAUGUGGGAGAUGACCUAGGUGGGAAUUCCCGGAAUUCUGGGCGGGAAUGUGGGAGAUGUUCCAAGUGGGAAUCAAUUCCAGGAGAUGUUCCAGGUGGGAACUCCUGGAAUUCCGGGCUGGAAUUCCUGGUGGGAAUGUGGGAGAUGUUCCAGGUGGGAAUUCCAGGAAUUCCGGGCCAGAAUCCCUGGUGGGAAUCCAGGUGGGAAUUCUGGGCGGGAAUCCCUGGGAUUCUGGCCCUGGGAAUUACCUGGCCUGGAAUGUGGGAGAUGAGGCGUUCCAGGUGCGAAUUCCCGGAAUUCCGGGCCGGAACCCCCGGUGGGAAUGUGGGAGAUGAUCCAGGUGGGAAUUCCCAGAAUUCGGGGCGGGAUUUCCAGGUGGGAAUCCUGGUGGGAAUUCCAGGAGAUGUUCCAGGUGGGAACUCUGGGAAUUCCGGGCCAGAAUCCCUGGUGGGAAUGUGGGAGAUGAUCCAGGUGGGAAUUCCCAGAAUUCCCAGCUGGAAUCCAGGUGGGAAUUCCAGGAGAUGUUCCAGGUGGCAAUUCCGGGAAUUCCGGGUGGGAAUUCCAGGUGGGUCUGGAAUUUUUGGGAAUUUUGGGAAACGGAGCCGGGAUUGUUGGAAAUUGGAUCUGGGAUUUUUGGGAAUUGGAUCCGGGAUUUUUGGAAAUUGGGUCUGGGAUUUUUGGGAUUUUUGGGAAUUGGAUCCGGGAUUGUUGGGAAAUGGGUCUGGGAUUUUUGGGAUUUUUGGGAAUUUGAUCCAGGAUUUUUGGGAAAUGGGUCUGGGAUUUUUGGGGACAGGAUCCAGGAUUUUUGGGAUUUUUGCGAAAUGGACCUGGGAUUUUUGGGAUUUUUGGGAAUUGGAUCCGGGAUUCUUGGGACUUGAAUCCAGGAUUUUUGGGAAUUGGAUGCGGGAUUUUUGGGGAUUGGAUCUGGGAUUUUUGGGAAAUGGAUUCAGGAUUUGUGGGAUUUUGGGGAAAAGGAUCUGGGAUUUUUGGGAACUGGGUCUGGGAUUUUUGGGAAUCAGAUCUGGGAUUUUUGGGAAAUGGAUCUGGGAUUUUUUGGGAAUCGGAUCUGGGAUUUUUGGGAAAUGGAUCUGGGAUUUUUUGGGAAUCGGAUCCGGGAUUUUAGGGAUUUUUGGCAAACAGAUCCGGGAUUUUUGGGCAAUUCCCAGAACUUCUACUCGGCCAUGGUGGAGCUGUGCGAGAACGGCGGGAAAUGGAAACGGAUCCGGGAUUGUUGGGAAACGGAUCUGGGAUUGUUGGGAAAUGGGUCUGGGAUUUUUGGGAGUUUUGGGAAACGGAUCCGGGAUUUUUGGGAAAUGGGUCUGGAAUUUUUGGGAGUUUUGGGAAUUGGAUUGGGGAUUUUUUGGGAAACGGAUCUGGGAUUUUUGGGAAUUGGAUCUGGAAUUUUUUUGGGAAAUGGAUCUGGAAUUUUUGGGAAUUGGAUCCGGGAUUGUUGGGAAAGGGAUCUGGGAAUGUUGGGAAAGGGAUCUGGGAUUUUGGGGAAAGGAAUCCGGGAUUUUUGGGAAAUGGAUCUGGGAUUUUUGGGAUGUGGAUCCGGGAUUUUUGGGAAACGGAUGCGGGGCUUUUGGGCAAUUCCCAGAACUUCUACUCGGCCAUGGUGGAGCUGUGCGAGAACGGCGGGAAAUGGAAACGGAUCCGGGAUUGUUGGGAAACGGAUCCGGGAUUUUUGGGAAAUGGAUCCGGGAUUGUUGGGAAAUGGGUCUGGGAUUUUUUUGGGAAAUGGAUCUGGGAUUUUUGGGAAUGGGAUCCGGGAUUUUUGGGAUUUUUGGGAAACGGAUCUGGGAUUUUUGGGAAUGGGAUCCGGGAUUUUUGGGAUUUUUGGGAAACGGAUCUGGGAUUUUUGGGAAUUGGAUCUGGGAUUUUUGGGAUUUUUGGGAAACGGAUCUGGGAUUUUUGGGAAAUAGGUCUGGGAUUUUUGGGAAAUGGAUCGGGAUUUUUGGGAUUUUUGGGAAAGGGAUCUGGGAUUUUUGGGAAAUAGGUCUGGGAUUUUUGGGAAUUGGAUUGGGGAUUUUUGGGAAAUGGAUCUGGGAUUUUUGGGAAUUGGAUUGGGGAUUUUUGGGAAAUGGAUCUGGGAUUUUUGGGAAUUGGAUUGGGGAUUUUUGGGAAAUGGAUCUGGGAUUUUUGGGAUUUUUGGGAAAUGGAUCCGGGAUUUUUGGGAAAUAGGUCUGGGAUUUUUGGGAAAUGGAUCGGGAUUUUUGGGAAAUGGAUCCGUUAUUUUUGGCAAACGGAUCCGGGGCUUUUGGGCAAUUCCCAGAACUUCUACUCGGCCAUGGUGGAGCUGUGGGAGAACGGCGGGAAAUGGAAACGGAUCCGGGAUUGUUGGGAUUUUUGGGAAACGGAUCUGGGAUUUUUGGGAAUCGGGUCCGGGGAUUUUUGUUCAAUUCCCAGAACUUCUACUCGGCCAUGGUGGAGCUGUGGGAGAACGGCGGGAAAUGGAAACGGAUCCGGGAUCGUUGGGAUUUUUGGGAAACGGAUCGGGAUUUUUGGGAAACGGAUCUGGGAUAUUUUUGGGAAUCGGGUCCGGGGGUUUUUGUUCAAUUCCCAGAACUUCUACUCGGCCAUCGUGGAGCUGUGUGAGAACGGCGGGAAGCGGCCGGCGGGCG